AUGUAUCGGCAGGUGAUGGUAGACACAGCAUUUACGCCUCUGCAAAGGAUAGUAUGGCGUGAAGAGGAGGAUCAAGAUUUGGAAACCUUCGAAUUACUGACCAUCACAUAUGUCACAUCAUCGGCGUCGUUUUUAGCCAUCAGAUGCUUGAAACAAUUGGUCGAGUUGGAAGCAAGGCAUCCUCGGACGACGGAAGCCAUUGCUCGAGAUUUCUACAUGGACGACUUAUUAACGGGAGCCGAUUCUAUUCAUGAAGCAAGGGUGACUGACAAGCAUGGAAAACACUUCGUGAAAUUAGCGUGUUCGAAAUCUAGUGUAGCUACAUUAAAAUGCAUAUCGCUACCACGACUAGAACUAUGCGGAGCCGUCUUGCAUGCCAAACUAAUCGGCAAGGUGGAGAACACGGUGCCGAGGAAUUUCAAUCGUCAGAUUUUAUGGUCGGACUCAACUAUCGUCUUAGCAUGGAGUGGCAUCACGUACCGUCAGAGGACAAUCCAGCCGAUCUCAUUUCCAGAAGAUUUGUUUCCCGCACAAUUUAUCAAUGCGUCGAUAUGGUGUAAGGGUCCAGGAUGGCUGCAAUUGGACAGCACCGAAUGGCCUCAGUUACCUGAGAUUGAGGUGGACUCUUCUUUACUUGAACAGCGUCAAGUAGCAACACAUUCAAUCACGGUCGCUCCACAAGGAGACGAGAUACUCUCAAUAUACACUCGAUACUCCGAGCUAGACAAAUUCAUACGCAUCACAGCAUGGUGCCUGAGAUUUCAUACAAAUUGCAAAAACGGGAAUAGAAUCACGGGACCGUUAAACAGCAGCGAACUAAAUGUCGCCUUAAUUCUAUUGUGUAAACAGAUGCAACAGUCAGCAUUUAAGGCCGAAAUUCAGCAAUUAAGCAACCAACAAAAUUUAGCUGCGAAAAGCCUACUGUUAGGUUUGAAUCCAUUUUUAGACCAAGAAGGGGUCCUUUACGUCGGCGGAAGACUGAAGAACUCUAUGUUAACAUACACAGUAAAGCAUCAGUUAUUGCUACCGUCAAAUCAUGUGUUGACAAGAUUAAUCGUACAGUAUUAUCACAAGAAGAAUCUACAUGCCGGGCCACAAUCUACAUUAACAACAGUUCGGCAAAAAUUUUGGCCGCUUGCAGCAAAGUGUGUCACACGUAAGAUCGUACGUAAUUGUGUGACCUGUUUUGAGCCAAGCCGCCGAUUUCGCAAGCAAAGAUGGGUGAUCUACCGGCGGCUCGCGUGCAACCAUCCAAAGCCUUUCAUUUAUGCGGGCGUGGAUUAUGGUGGACUGCUCUACAUCAAAGAAGGUUUCGAAACGCAAGAUCAACCAAGGCUUACAUUGCACUGUUCGUAUGCUUUGCGACAAAAGCUGUACACAUCGAAUUAG